ACUUCCUUCCCGGCUUGCUUGCUGAGCUGACAAAGCAGAGCUUCUGCUGCAGUCUUUCUGUCUGCUUUUCAGACUGCAGCUGCCCUCUGAGAUGAAGCUUCACAGCUCUUCUCCCAGACAACAAUCAGAGCUCCUACUACACAUCUGCUCCUCCUUUCCCCCUCCCUCUGCCCCUGAUGUCAGAGCAGACAUUUAGUAGUGGGGGUGGGGGGGCAAAGUUGCUAGGGGAGGGGACUGCCGGUAUUGGAUUUCACAUGUUUAACACAACUUCCCCCCUCCUAACGGACAGCAACAUGAAUCCUCUGCUCGGACCUAACAUCUUCUUCCUUCACCAGGACCAGCAACAGCCGCCUCUCACUUCGCCGGAUGAGGAGUCUCUAGAAUUUUUUCCAGAAGGAGCAUCUUUCCAGCCACUUUCCAUACCAUCCUUUCAACCAGCCAUGGCCCUAAGGAAUGACCUGGGUUCCAACAUUAAUGUUCUGAAGACCCUCAACCUCCGUUUUCGCUGCUUCUUGGCCAAGGUACAUGAGCUAGAGAGAAGGAACAAGAUUUUGGAAAAGCAGCUUCAGCAGGCGCUAGAAGGCAGCAGGAAGAAAUCACUGACCCGGGAUCAGGCAGUGCAGACAGGAUUUGUCAGUCCUAUACGACCUCUUGGUUUGCCCCUCAGUGCUGUAUCCAGAGUCCCUGCUGUCAGCACACCUUCCAGAGUCCUUGGGUCACCUCUUGGCUCCCCCCUUCACAGCACUGCCAGUGCCUCAGUCCCUGCCAUCCCUGCAGCAUCUGCCUCCCCUCUACCUUCAGCAUCCCCAGCAUUCUCCUCUCCACGCUUCCUGCCUGGUACAAUAUGGUCAUAUACACACACCAGGAGACUUGCAACAGGACAGGAGACAGUUCAGGGGCCUGGGGUGUCCUGGAUUCAUCCAGAUGGAGUUGGGGUUCAGAUUGACACAAUCACCCCUGAAAUACGGGCUCUCUACAAUGUCCUAGCCAAAGUAAAACGUGAAAGGGAUGAAUACAAACGCAGAUGGGAAGAAGAAUACACGGCUCGAGUCCAGCUACAGGAGAAAGUGAAUGAUUUACAAGAGGAAGCCCAAGAAGCUGAAGCUUGCCAAGAGGAACUGGCUAUGAAGGUUCAAAAACUGAAAGCGGAACUGGUGGUCUUCAAAGGGUUAAUGAGCAAUAACCUGUCUGAUCUGGACACAAAAAUCCAGGAGAAAGCCAUGAAGGUGGACAUGGACAUCUGUCGGAGGAUCGACAUUACAGCUAAACUCUGUGAUGUUGCACAACAGCGCAACUGUGAAGACAUGAUUAAGAUGUUUCAGUCACUGCACUUGUCUCCCUUUAAGGUACCAUCCAUGGGGAGGAGGAAGGAGAGGAAGCCAGCCAGUGAUGAAGAAACGUCACUGUCAGAGAGCGAUGCUUCACGGCGUCCUGAUGAUGAUGAAGAUGAAAGCACUGCAAUGAGCAUCAAUGAAGAAAUGCAGAGGAUGUUAAACCAACUAAGGGAGUAUGACUUUGAAGACGACUGUGAUAGCCUGACGUGGGAGGAGACAGAGGAGACACUGUUGCUUUGGGAUGACUUUUCUGGCUAUGCCAUUGCAGCUGUAGAGGCACAGGGAGAGGUCCAACAAUGUCAGCAGAAAGAGAGACUAUACAGUUCUGAACCAGAACUAUUACAGAAAGGAACAUUAAAGAAUAUUUUUCAGCAACAAGAAGAGAGCUUGGAGAAGGUUAUAAAAGACACAGAAUCACUGUUCAAAACAAGAGAAAAAGAAUAUCAGGAAACAAUCGAUCAGAUUGAGCUAGAACUGGCUACUGCAAAGAAUGACAUGAACCGUCACCUGCAUGAAUACAUGGAAAUGUGCAGCAUGAAGAGAGGCCUGGAUGUGCAGAUGGAGACCUGCAGGAGGCUCAUCACCCAAUCAGGAGACAGGAAAUCUCCUUCAAUGGCUACAGCCUCGAAUGGUGAAGUGGGAGUGACAGAAGACGCUGCAGACUCUGAUCGGGAAACUGCAUCCGACACAUCCUUGAGAUGAGGGGAGCAGAUGAAAACAAAAAUGAAUGAAGGGACUCAGGAACCACAAACCCUCAUGUGUUUUGUGAGUCUUGUGACUCAGUGGACCUAUUUUAUACCAUCAGGGACUUUACUUCACACGCUCAUGUAACAACACAGAUACAGAACUGUAACGGCUUGAAUAUCUGUUGACAAAAGUCCUGUAAUUGGCUGCUUAUCCGUUCAUUUCAGGAUUUGAAAGUGAUACAAAUUGCAUAAAAGUCUGGACACAGUAUUUUUAUUUCUAUUUAUUUAUGUUUUUGAUGUGAUUGCUGUUUUAUGUCCAUGUCACUGACGGUGUAAUUUUGUAACUUUUGGUAAACUUGCAUUAUUGUACUGUCUCUGAUAAUGUGACUCUAGCCAGGGCUGGCUAACGGUGAAAUAGUUUGGAUAACAUUGUAGAUUUUUUUUAGAUUGCACUUUUGUCCUCUGUUUGAAUUAUAUGGCCUUAUCGGGAUUUCUGUAAAAUGCAGUAAGCCCUGCAUUAAGUCACACAUUUAUGUAGUCCCUAACAGUGUGACUAUCAGAGUUUGUCUGUAAUGCAGAGGGUCUAACUAGGUAGAUGUACUAUUUUGAUGAGGUUGUGACAGCGUUGCCCUUAACUAAAAAUGCAGUAUUUUCAGGGCUUUUUUACAUUUAUUUUAUUAACUUAACUACAUAAGUACUUUUUUUACCUUCAAUGGGAACUGCAGAAAACUAAAGCCAUAAUUAUAUUGCUUUAGCAGUACAAAAGCCGUGUCAGCGUUUGACAAUAAUUCACUUAAUAUGGGCCCAUACCAGGAAAUAUCACAGGCUUGCUCUUUGUGCAAGUGUCAUAUUUUAGAGGUCACUUAUAAAUAAACUGGACUGGGUUCCAUAUUGAAUAAGAGCCUAUUGUUUGAUCGGUCCCUGGUGAUAUAACCAUAUCAAGGUUUGAGUGCAAUAUAAGUUUGUGUAGCAGGCAGAUAGUCUCUGCUCUCUGGUAAAAUCAGUGUUCUGUCCCAAAGAGACUAAGUUAAAUAUUAAUUAAUCUACAAGUUGUGUGAAAUUCUGCUUCAGCUAGCUGACAGACCCUCUUUUUUUUCAGAGUGACCAAGUUCCUACUAAGAGAAUGUUCCUUCCUUCAUAGCACUUUUAGUAGGUACCAUAGCAGUUUCUGCCUGACCAUCACCAACUCGUUAGGACGAGUAGACUGUGUCAUUUAUUCACUUCGUGUUUCGAUCAGUCUCAUUCUUCCACUGUCACAGCAAACCAUGAAUUAUUUAUGGAUUCAUACUUCGCUACGAAAGCUGUAGUAAGAGCUUGGCUACUGCUGCUUGUAAUUAGAACGUUUAUGACAACCAGAGCUGUACUGUCACAGCCAGGGCUUCAGGCAACUCCACCUAGGAGUUACCUGACAGGUGCAAACUAAAAUAGAGUAAAAGACACUUUAAAGGGGAAUGUAUUUCAUUUCCAAAGAUGUGGUUAGGUUAUUAGAGAUUGGGCACUAGGUUAAAUGAAAAGUUUGCUGGCAUUGACACCUCAGUGAACUGCUUAUAUGAUAUGAACUAUGAUCAUGUCUAAUAACUUGUAUUAACCACUGAAAGUUAAUGUCAAGGACUUGUGUACGAAAUUACUUACAACAGCAAAUUGUCAGGAACUCUUAAGUUGCACACACUUGAGUGUACAUUUUCUACCACAUCAGAAAUUAGUGAAUCUUGUUCUGCUGUGUUUUGGAGGAUGUUACAGGGAGAAAUGGGGAAGUUUUGAGGAAUUAUUAGUGCCUAGUAUUAUGUAAGUAAACCUGCUGCCUCCAGAGUACAGCAUAGAUCACUCAGAAUGCAGUGUGGGAAUGGAAGCUCUGGACUGUUGCAUUGCAUGGAAGUCCUUGUAAGGUGAGGGUAGCAUGCCGUACAUUUCCUGCCCCCCCCCCCCCUCCACCCUUUCCAACCAGUUGGUUGUUAAAUUAUAAAUGUCUGUGGACUUUAAAUUCCUGUUACAAGUAUAAACGUGUUUCUCUCAUCUCAUGUUUGUGUUUCUCUUUUCUCACUUGCCUCUUUCUUUUGGAAUUAACAGAUUUCAGAGUUCCUCCUGAGGAAAGGAUUUAUUUUUGCUAACCUCAGUAAUUCUGUAGGUGUCAUUUGGGAAUUGUGCUUUCUCAGAUUAUUGCAGCAUAACAAAACUGAGUGCAGCAUUGUGCAUAAGGGCAUGUGGAAGGUCAGAUCUGUUUUGCCCAGUUUGUGACAGUGUGGUCUUGUUAACAAAACAGAGGGUGAUGCUGUUGUUUGAUAAGGUCCUGUAAUACGUAAUAGAUAUAUAAAGUAAUUUAUCAGGUGAAAUCAUAGUUUGUUAAAAUUAUUAGAAAAUAUGUUUUGGCAAGUCUCUUUUAUCAGGCAGUGGUGUAGUUCAAUAUUUAUUUAUGAUUUUUUUCUUGCUGUUGUCACAUAACCCUCUGUGUCAAAGGCAUGCAGAGAGCAUAAGACUAAAGCACUAUUUUUGUGUCAGACGAGGUUUGAGUUUUUUUUCUGACGUUGUGUCUGUUUAGGCUUAAAUUGAAGAACGGUCCCACUUUGCUAUAUUCCAUGUUGGCUCAUCAUGAAAUUUAUCUGGAAAGACACAGGAGGAAUUACAGGAAGUGCACUCUGCAUUACCAUGUGUAAUGGGAAUGAGGCUGUGGAGAUCAGCUAGCAUCAUCGUAGGAUACAUAGGAAAGAGAAACAUGUUGCACCUUUCACUUUGACCCCUAGGGGGUUGCUUCUCAUUUCAUUCUGUCUGGUUGUUCUUUGCAGAUGCAUUGUGCUUGGCGUUAGUGGAAGGCAGGGCUUGGGGUAUGCUUCGAUAUAUGUGCAGGUUCUGAUAAUUGUCAGAAAACCAGAAAAAAGUUGAACAUUGAUCUGUGAUUUAUAUAUAUAUUUUGGGGGAUAAAAUAAACUGUGGGUUACAUAAUGUAAAAAUAUAUAUAUUGCCAAAUAAAGAAUGCCUUUCAUUUUCUACA